AUGAAAGGUUUAUCAUUUAUGGAAGUGGCUUCUAAAGCAGCCCAUGUUUUAUUGGUUAUGGAUUUACUGCCAAUGUAUGGGAAAUCUUAUUAUCCAAGCAUUACUAUAACCUCUCUGGAUUCAAACAAAACACAGAUUUACAACUCAUGGAAAGAAAAGUUGGGCAGCAUCACCAUACCUCAAGUAGAAUGUGUUAAAUGUUUUAUAUACAGUGACCCUCAAGAACUAGUUAAACCAUCCACAAUUUGUAACAGCAUUGCAAAGGCAACCACUUUUAGCUCCACAGAUGAUUCUGACGAUUUGCGAUGCUUAGUUGAUCAGCCAACAAAUGUUGACAGUUUGAUUCCAGUUCUAAAGAGAAUUUGGGGAUAUGAUUGUUUCAAGCAUGAACAAUAUGAUGCACUCAAGGCAAUAUUGGAAGGUGAGGAUGUUUUUGUGCAAAUGCCAACAGGCGGAGGAAAGUUGCUCAUAUUUCAAAUCAUUGUGGCUGUAUCUUCGGGACUGGUUGUUUGUGUGUCACCACUGAAAUCACUUAUUAAGGACCAAACUCAGGCUUGUUACGAAAAGAACAUUAAUGCCUGUUUUUCAUUUGGAACAAUGGAAAAUUGUCAGAAAGAGUCUAUUUACUAUUCACUUAAACAACCAGUUUGCCCAUUUCAGAUUCUGUAUACAACACCUGAAUGCAUCACACAAGACACAAUUUUGCUUCAAGUCCUAAAUAUAGUCUUUAUCCAGACAAAAACUGAAACUUUUCGCUAUAGACGAAGUUCAUUGUGGCAGCCAGUGGGGGCAUGAAUUUAGAAGUGCUUAUUUAAACCUCGACAUAAUACGGAAAAGUUUUAGAAGCGUACCAAUUGUUAUGCUAACAGCAUCAGCAACUAAGCAUACAAGGGAUGACUGUAUCUCAAUACUGGGAAUUGAUAACCCUAAAAUAAUUACAUCUUCUGUAUGCAGAUGCAACCUUGUUUAUGGUGUUAAACAAAAGUCAUCAAAGUCUGUCGAUUAUAUCGCUGAUAUGAUUAAGCCCUUGGAAUGUUCAAUUGUAUAUUGCUCAACAAUAAAGGAAUGUGAGAACAUUUGUCCUAAACUUGAGACAUUGGGAGUUAAAUGUAAAGUGUACCAUGGCCAACUUGAGGACAAUAUACGCAAUCAAAGACAAGAAAUGUGGUUAAACAAUAGCUUGCAAUGUUUAAUUUGUACUUCUUCAUUUGGGCUUGGAGUCAACAAACCAAAUGUGCGAGCAGUUGUCAACUAUUCAUUUCCUAGUUCUUUAGAGGCUUAUAUGCAGGAAACUGGAAGAGGUGGAAGAGAUGGACUUCUUGCACAGUGCCUACUUUUCUUUACUCCUCAAAAUCAAAUUUUUCAUCUGAAGAACAUAUCUAGUAUGAGAAAAUACGAUAGUAUAAAUGCAAAUAGAAAGCAAUUAUCUUUUCUUAACAUGUUGCACUGGUGUUUUCAAAAUGUGGAAUGCCGGAGAUCACUGAUUCUAAAGUACUUUGAUGAAACAGUUAUUACCAGUUGCAGCGUAUGUGAUAUCUGCAAGUGUAAUAACACUGUUGGGGAAAGUGAUAUAACUGAUAUGUCGCUAAGAAGGUAAUUUUAUGUGUGCAAAGAACGUCGACUACCCCUAAAAAGAAAAAUUUUACAUUAAACUAUUUUGCCAAAUUAAUUACUGGAAAGAAAGUAAAACAUGAGCAUGACAAGUAUCCAGAAUAUGGUGUCAUACCUGGUUCAACUGAAUAUG